GCCCCACCCCGCGGCAGGCGGGCGGCAGGCUCGGCGUGUCCCUUCCGUCCGGCUCGCGCCGGCGGCGGGAGGUGGCGUGCGGCCCUCAGCCCGCCCAUGGAGGCUUUUCCCUGGGCCCCCAGCUCGCCCCGCUGCGGCCGCGCCCCCGCGCCCAUGGCGCUCGUGCCUGGCGCCCGCUACGUGAGCACCCCGAGCCCGGCGCACCCGCAGCCCUUCAGCUCUUGGAACGACUACCUGGGGCUCGCCACGCUCAUCACCAAGGCGGUGGACGGCGGCAGCGGCGGCUCCCCGCCCUCCUCGUCGUCCUGCUGCUCCCCUCACGCGGGGAUCGGACUCGGGACGCUGGGGCCGGCGCUGGCGCCGCCUGACUUCGAUGAGGACGACGACGACGACGACGACAGCGACGAGCCGGGGUCCCGGGGCCGCUACCUGGGGGGUGCGCUGGAGCUGCGCGCGCUGGAUUUAGGCGCGGGCGCUGCGGAGGCCGGGAUGCUGGAGGAGCGCUUCGCCGAGCUGAGCCCGUUCGCGGGUCGCGCCGCCGCCGUACUGCUGGGCUGCGCGCCUGUUGCCACAGCCGCCGAGGCGACGCCGCGCGAGGAGCGGGCCCCAGCGUGGGCAUCCGUGCCCCGGCUGCAGGCAGCCUCCGGGGCGGCCGCGGCCCGGCUACUGAAGCCGGAGCUGCAGGUGUGCGUAUUCUGCCGGAACAACAAGGAGGCGGUGGCCCUCUACACCACCCACAUCCUUAAGGGCCCCGACGGGCGAGUGCUGUGUCCCGUGCUGCGGCGCUACACGUGCCCUCUGUGCGGCGCCAGCGGCGACAACGCGCACACCAUCAAGUACUGCCCGCUCUCCAAAGUGCCGCCGCCGCCUGCCGCGCGCCCGCCGCCGCGCAGCACCAGGGAAAGCCUGCCCGGCAAGAAGCUGCGCUGAGCGCCCGGACUGCCGACUGCCGCACCUGGCGCCCCAGAGGCGCCGCCAGCUCUGUGUUGGUUUCGCGCUGUCUCCCCCUCGCUGCUGGGGAAGCGACGACAUCGGGAGCUGGCUCAAUUUGGGACGUCGUGGUGGUUUUUCAGAAGCAGCUGCGUGCGGAGUACUUUACUGUCGAGCGUUGUUGAGACCGACGCUAAAAAUCUUUGUCUUUGCAGUUUCUACUUUGCGCACAUCCAGAUCGGCUAAGGCUGGGUGUGUAUUCCGUUAACUGAAAUAUGGCAACGGAGAGGCGCUGUUUAUUUACGGUAUACGUCGAUCUAUUUUAGACGCAUAUCAGUCAGAAACUCUCUAAUCUUGGAUGUUUCGUUUUACGAAUGGAGGCACUUUACUAGGUCUAGAAUAUUUUUUUAAUAGCCUCUAAAUUGAGCUGAAGUUGGGAUUUUAUGGAAUGCUGGGAAAAUGGCUGAUGCAAUUAGUAUUUUAGUUGUCCUUAGUUACCAGAUGAAGCAAGCCCUUGGUGGCUGCAGCGUUUGAGAAGUGGUUUAGUAAAGUUUCCAUUGUUAGCUUGGGUGCGUAUUCCCUCCUUGUGGCUUGUUUCCGUCCUAGCUGGAGGUGUGAAGUGCAGUCUGUAGCAGGUAGAACCCAGCUCCUAUCCUUUUAUGUAACAUCUCUUAUCACCUAACUAGCAACUAGCCUUUUCCACCUUUAAAAAUUGUGCCAAGUCAUAAUCGUGUAUAACUUGGAAAUGGUGCUGUUUAAAAAAAUUGUGUAUUUAUACAGUUAACAGUAUAUGAAUUCAUUAAUCUCACCUAUAACUCCUACUUGGCAUUUUCUCUACACAUUCACCACCCAUUUUCAGCUUUUAAUCGUUUUCGAUAUUAAGAUCAAAGGGGAGAAAGGUAAGAGAGCAAUGUUAGCUCACCAUCAAUUGCUCAAUUUCAAGGUUCCUAAGUAAAAGUCCAUUCCUGCCAUUGCUUCUCAAAUUAAAAUAGGAGGCUAAUUAAUAACUUGUAUUCAAGAAGGUCCCACUGUAGGCUGUUUGGCUUCCGGCAUAUGAAAGGUCCACCAAGAUAAGCACUAAAAGAACUACCUACCCUGUUCUGUUAGGGGCUGGAGGCAAAGGAGCAUUGUCACUGAAGAUACUGGUCUGCUUCUGGAACCCCACCAGCUACCGGUGAAAUUAAAACCGAUCCUUGGGCAAAAGGUUUCUGUAACCUGCAUUACUUCCCGCCACGCAUUUUUUCUGCCUGGCAUUUAGUUCAGUGGUUCCACCGCCUGCCUCGCGUGGGCAAGGCCUUGAGUUCGAUCCCUGGUACAAAAAAAAUAGUUCUUGCAUUUUUAAUCUGCCAUGCUAAAUACUAUGGCAUGUGGCUACCUACCAUCAAAACAGAUGGAGGCAAAAACGGAAGUGAGCUAAGAAUUCAUCAAAAAUGCAUAAACACCACUAUCUGCAAUGCAAGUACCAGCAAGAGAUUUAGUCUGUAUACAGCUUCCAUUUAGCUGGGGUAUUAGGAGUUAUACUGCUUUGUUUUACAGCUUUCUCCACAAUAAAUUGGCUUGAUAUUUAA